GCCAAAGGGGCUCCUCCAGCAGCGCCUCCGAAAAAGCUCCGAUAGAGAGAGAGAAAGAGAGAGGCAGAGAGACGAAACAGAGAGAGAGAGACGCCCAGAAGCAAGAAGCCAGCAAGGACCGGGAUGUGUCUCUCCCUGAGCAUCCCUCGGGCGCCGCUCCAUUGGUGACGAACCCACACUUUCAGCGCAGCGUCUGAAUCCACCAAAAGGGUCGACCAAGCACCUGGAGUAAGCGGGACCAACCAUGCUGGUGAAAGAGUACCGCAUUUGCAUGCCCCUCACGACGGACGAGUACCGCGUUGGGCAGCUGUACACCAUCAGCAAGCACAGCCACCAAGAGAGCGACAAAGGGGAAGGCGUGGAAGUGGUGAAGAAUGAGCCUCACGACGACCCAGUUCACGGCCGCGGCCAGUUCACCGAGAAACGGGUGCACUUGUCCAGCAAGCUUCCCAGCUGGGCCCGUGCCGUGACCCCACGGAUAUUCUACAUUACAGAGAAAGCCUGGAACUAUUACCCCUACACCAUCACAGAGUACACGUGCUCCUUUCUGCCAAAAUUUUCCAUCUACAUAGAGACCAAGUAUGAGGAUAACUGCGGAGACAGCUCAAAUAUCUUCCACGGUGAAGAAAUCUUGGGAGACCAUGAGGUGACGUUCCUGGACAUUGCUUUCGACGAAAUCCCUGAGCGCUAUUACCGGAGUAUAGAGGAUCUCCGGCACUUCAGUUCGGUGAAGACAGGCCGCGGUCCCUUGCGGGAGGGCUGGCGGGAAAACACCAAGCCCAUCAUGUGCUCCUACAAGUUGGUGACCGUCAAGUUUGAAGUGUGGGGCCUCCAGACACGGGUGGAGCAAUUUGUCCACAAGGUCAUUCGGGACAUCUUGCUGAUAGGCCACCGACAAGCGUUCGCCUGGGUGGACGAAUGGUGUGGGAUGACGAUGGACGAAGUGCGCCUGUACGAGAAGGAGACGCAGGAAGCCACCAACGAGAUUGUGGGUGUAGUGACGCCCAACAUUGCUAUCCACGAAGUGGGCCUGCUGCCCAGCACCCAUAGCGCCCCCUCCAGCGCUCCCUCCACACCUCUCAGCGGCGAAGCGCCAGACUUCCUCAGCGUGCCCAAGGACUGGCCGCGAAAGAAAUCCGCUCCCGAAAUGCUCUCUCUGCCAGUGCUGAGGGAGCGUGCCAACGCAGAGUGACAGCAGGCCAACCCUUCAGGGUCUCCCUUUGAGUCCUCUUUCUCUCCCAUUCCUUGCCACAGACGGGCACAUGCCUGGCUUGCGUCAAAUUUCGAAAGUAAUUUUUGUAAAUGUUCUUUUCGAUCCCAAUGGACAUCUACUGGACAGGAGGAAAGCCUGCAGCCAGAACAUCUUUUCCCCAGAUUUGUGAACAAAAGAAAGAAAAAUACAGUCGGACUGCUUUAUCCACGGAUUCUUUAUCCACGGAUUCUUUAUCCACAGAUUCAGCCAUCCCUGGCUUGAAGAUAUUUUUUUAAAAAUCCAAAAAGCAGACGCAAACUUUAGUUUUGCCGUUUUAUAGAAGGGAAACUGUUUGACUCUGCUGUUGUAUUUAAUGGGACUUGAGCAUCCACGGAUUUUGGUAUCUACGGAGGGUCUUGAACCAAACCUAGCAAAACCCAAGGACCCACUGUAGUCCUUUGUGAGAUGUCCCCAAUUGCUGAAGGUAUCCCUCAAAACAUUGCAGGACAUUUGAGUCCCUCUCGUUUGCUUGAAUGGGGGCAUUUCUGAUGGCACCGCUCACCUUGCAGCUAACUUCUUCCCUCUUUGUGUUACACCUGCUCAGAAAAACAUUGUGAGAAAUCCUCUGCUCCAUCGUGGCUGCCUUGAUGUUGUCAUGGAGUGGGAGAUGGGAUUGCAUUGUCAUCUGCUAACCUUCCCGGUCCAUUACAUGGGUGGUUUUGUCCUACCUUUUACUAUGGAGGAGAUUUGACCACUCUGCUAACAUAAACCAAUUUUAAUAUUGCUCCCUUUCUUUGCAGGAUUCUGGGAAUGUUAGUUUUGUGAAGAGGGUACAUCUUAGCAGGAAAUUCCCUAUAAUAAACUAGUGUCAUUGUGGCAUAGCGGUUUGAAUGUUGGAAUACAAUCCUGGAAACCAGGGUUCGAUUCCCCACUUGGCCAUAGAAAACCAUUGGAUGAGCUUGGGCAAGUCAUACACUCUCAGCCCCCCAAACUCUGUUAUGGCACCUUUUUGCUGCUUUGUGUGCCUUCAAAUCAUUUCUAAUUUAUGGUGUCCCUAAUGCGAACCUAUCAUGGGAUUUUCUUGGCACGAUUUGUUCAGAGGAGGUUUGCCAUGCCCUUAGGGUUGCCAUAAGCUGGAAGUGACUUGAAGACAUACAGUAACAAGAAGAACAUUAAACUACAAUUCCCAGAAUUCUUUGAUGGGUGUAUAGAGGUUUGCAACACAGGGCUGCUAUAUCUAUGGAUGCCGCUGUCACCAUUGCUGUUGUCUGUUCUGCUGGGGAGGGGGAUGUAAAUAUACUGGGAUCCAUAUUGAUUUGAAGAACCUAUUUGCUAAGACUGUUACACCAAUUUUGGCGUUGUUUUUUUUAACUGAAUUAAGUCUGUAGAAGUGUUCCCUUUUGCCCAGGGGAGAGGGACAUGUGGUCCUCCAGGAGUUACACUGCAGCUCCCAUAAUCCUUCACCGUUGGCUUUGCUAGCCAGAACUGAUGACAGUUACAGUCCAACAAAGCUAGAAGGCCGGAGGUUGCCCACCCCUGCUGUUGUUUUUCUUUGUGCUUUUUAUACUGACCUAUUGGACUCAGUAAUGUGCCAUCUGGCUGUUUCCAGCAGAUGCACCCUUAAGCUUAGAAAAGUUGCUUUUACUGGACAAUGCCUCCCAGAAUCCCAUGGCCAGUGAUCAGUGGUUUGAGUGCGGGACUAGGGUUCGAGUCCCCAUUUGAGCAUAAAAACUCACUGGGUGACCUUGCUGUCAGCCUCAGGGGAAAGCAAUGGCAAACCUCUGAACAAAUCAUGCCAAGAAAUCCCAAUACAGGGUCAUUUUCGGGUUACCAUAAGUCAGAAACAACUUCAAGGCACACAACAACAACCCAAAACAGUAACUUUUCUGAGCUCUGUGCAAUCCUUGAACUGAGCCAUUUGUCUGCUUUGCAUCAGUAUCAGCCGACAGUAUCCUCAGCUAAAGUAAUAGCCCUGAAGUUAUUGAUCCAAUUUGGGGGGGGGGGGGAUUUAGUCCCUGGCAACUUUGAGCCAGAAAGUCAGAUGGGUAAAGACUCCUGUCUCAAACCCCGAAGGGCUGAGACGAGUCAGUAUAAAAAAUACUGAGCCAGGGUUAGGCCUGGUAUGGCCCUCCUGUUUUCCAAAUUGCAACUCCCAGCAUUCUUCAUCAUUGGCUAGGUGGCUAGAGCCCUUGACCACAUCUGAAUAGUCACACCAGCCCUAGAUUAGAUGGACUACACAAGAGGGCUUGCCCCCAGCCCUGGCUGCCUGCUCAGCCUUUAGUAGCAGCCCUAGUCCCCCAGUUUUGAGUCAAGACUAGCUAGCCACUAUCAAGUGGAUGAGCAUCCUCAAGGCUCAGCAAUUCAAUGAAUGUGGUCCUUCUGGGUUUAGGGUCUGCUUUGCCAAUACCUUGAAGGCCUGUCCUUUCCAUCAGUUCACCCUUCUGGCUUUCUUCUCCUUUGAUCUCCCUCUGUGCCUUUGGAAUGAGGGCCAUCCUACCGUUGCAACAGUGGCCCACAGAGGUACUGCCUUGCAGGAGGUGGGAGCAUUGAUGCCACCCGGGUCCAUCGCCAGGGGCCAGAGCAAACCCGCUUGCCUGGUGGCCAGCUUUGUUGCCAUCACCAGCAUCCAAUUUGCCUUGUGAAAAACCAGAAAUGCAUCCCCUACCAGGAACAGUGGGGUGAUGUCCUAGACUCCUUUAGUCAUCAGCCUCUUCUUGAGUCUUAAUGUGGUCUCUCUCGGGCCCAGUUUGUACAAGCACAGUUUGGAUUUGCACUGUUUUUGUUGUGCAGGAUGUUUUCUGCCAUCCCUCCCUUCAGAUCGGUGUCGAUCCCUCGCUUCUCUUUGCAAUCAAGUUGGUUUUGUGACCAGUUGUUCCUCUGCUGCUCCCUUACCAGCGGCUAUAGUUCGCAUCUUAAAAAAGCACAGAAACUGCUGGGCUUGCCUUGAGAGGAGCAUAGCUGAGGCCAAGCAGAGAAGCAUCUUCAUCAGAAGGACACCAGAGCACAGCCAUGUACUAGGAAGAUGCUCUCCUUUGGAAAUGCUCAGUGUCUAUCAAGGUCGAAAGCACUUUGGAGCAUUCCCUGGGUGUUUUUUCUGCUCAGGGUCUAAUGAGACUCUGAUGAACAGGAAAAGACUGAGUCAGAUGGCAGAAAGAAAUAGCCUCCGGCAACACAAGGUUUUAAUUUUCUGUUUGUAUACUAGCCACACUCUUUGCCUGCUGAAGCUACAAGGAUCAAGGCUUCAUCGGUCACCACACAACCAGAUGGAGAGGCCCCUGAGACCAUCUGGAAUCUGUGUGUGAGAUGAACCGGAGUCGGUUCAGAUCUAGCGCAUGAGCCACUGGGCUACUUGUAUUUCAUGGGCAGGGCAAAAAGGGUGGGAUGUGGGUGGGGGGAGAUCCGGUGUAAAUAAUUUGUGAUCUGUGUAGCAAUGAUGUUGGGGAUUUUUUUAAAAAAAAGAAUAAAGGCAAUUGCUCAU